GGCGAGGCGGCGCGCGGCUUCCCGGAAGUGGCGGCGCGGUCAGGGCUGGCCUGGGCUUCAGCUGCAGUUUUGGGGUCCGGGACGUUGGGAUCGGCGGCGAUAUGAGUUCCUUCGAGGGGCAGAUGGCCGAGUAUCCAACCAUCUCCAUAGACCGUUUCGACAGGGAGAACCUUAGGGCCCGCGCCUACUUCCUGUCCCACUGCCACAAGGAUCACAUGAAAGGAUUAAGAGCCCCUACCUUGAAAAGAAGGUUGGAGUGCAGAUGAGGAGACUGAGGAACCAGAGAUGUUAAAUUAGUUGCCCAAUGUCACACAGCCAGUAAGUGGCAGGACCAGGAUUCCAGCCAGCUUGAAGGUUUAUCUAUACUGUUCACCUGUGACUAAGGAGUUGUUGUUAACUAGCCCGAAAUACAGAUUUUGGGAGAAACGAAUUAUGUCUAUUGAAAUCGAGACUCCUACCCAGAUAUCUUUAGUGGAUGAAGCAUCAGGAGAGAAGGAAGAGAUUGUCGUGACUCUCUUACCAGCUGGUCACUGCCCGGGAUCAGUUAUGUUUUUAUUUCAGGGCAAUAAUGGGACUGUCUUGUACACGGGAGACUUCAGAUUGGCACAAGGAGAAGUUGCUAGAAUGGAGCUUCUGCACUCGGGGGGCAGAGUCAAAGACAUCCAAAGUGUAUAUUUAGAUACUACUUUCUGCGAUCCGAGAUUUUACCAAAUUCCAAGUCGGGAGGAGUGUUUAAGUGGAAUCUUAGAGCUGGUUCGAAGCUGGAUCACUCGGAGCCCGUACCACGUUGUGUGGCUGAACUGCAAAGCAGCUUAUGGCUAUGAAUAUUUGUUCACCAACCUUAGUGAAGAAUUAGGAGUCCAGGUUCAUGUGAAUAAGCUAGAUAUGUUUAGGAACAUGCCUGACAUCCUUCAUCACCUCACAACGGACCGCAACACUCAGAUCCAUGCAUGCCGGCAUCCCAAGGCAGAGGAAUAUUUUCAGUGGAGCAAAUUACCCUGUGGAAUUACUUCCAGAAAUAGAAUUCCACUCCACAUAAUCAGUAUUAAGCCAUCCACCAUGUGGUUUGGAGAAAGAAGCAGAAAAACAAAUGUAAUUGUGAGGACUGGAGAGAGUUCAUACAGAGCUUGUUUUUCUUUUCACUCCUCGUACAGUGAGAUUAAAGAUUUCUUGAGCUACGUCUGUCCUGUGAACGCAUAUCCAAAUGUCAUUCCAGUUGGCACAACUAUGGAUAAAGUUGUCGAAAUCUUAAAGCCUUUAUGCCGGUCUUCCCAAAGUAUGGAGCCAAAGUAUAAACCACUGGGAAAACUGAAGAGAGCCAGAACAAUCCACCAAGACUCAGAGGAGGAAGAUGACUAUCUCUUUGAUGAUCCUCUGCCAAUACCUUUAAGGCACAAACUUCCAUACCAGGAAACUUUUCAACCUGAGGUAUUUUCAAUGACUGCAGUAUCAGAAAAGCAGCCUGAAAAACUGAGACAAACUCCAGGAUGCUGCAAAACAGAGAGUAUGCAGAGCUCUCGUUUCACAAACUUUGUAGAUUGUGAAGAAUCCAACAGUGAAAGUGAAGAAGAAUUAGGAAUCCCAGCUUCACUGCAAGGAGAUCUGGGCUCUGUACUUCACCAGCAAAAGGCUGAUGGGGAUGUACCCCAGUGGGAAGUAUUCUUUAAAAGAAAUGAUGAAAUCACAGAUGAGAACUUCCCUUCCUCCAUAGAGGCAGGGGGAUCUCAGUCACCGAAGCUUUUCAGUGACUCUGAUGGAGAAUCAACUCACAUCUCCUCCCAGAAUUCUUCCCAGUCAACACACAUAACAGAACAAGGAAGUCAAGGCUGGGACAGCCAAUCUGAUACUGUUUUGUUAUCCUCCCAAGAGAGAAACAGUGGGGAUAUUACUUCCUUGGACAAAGGUGACUACAGACCAACAAUCAAAGAGAAUAUUCCUGCCUCUCUAAUGGAACAAAAUGUAAUUUGCCCAAAGGAUACUUGUUCUGAUUUGAAAAGCCGAGUUCAAGAUGUAACAACAGUUCCUAGUACUGGAGAACCAAUUACUCUAAGCAGUGAGAAACAUAUACCUGAGGAAAAAAGUUUGCUAAAUCUUAGCGCAAAUGUGGAUUCCCAGAGCUCUUCUGAUUUUGAAGUUCCCUCAACUCCAGAAGCUGAGUUACCUAAACGAGAGCAUUUACAAUAUUUAUAUGAGAAGCUGGCAACUGGUGAGAGUAUAGCAGUCAAAAAAAGAAAAUGCUCACUCUUAGAUAUCUAAGAAUUCAAAGUGCUUCAACCUAGAGCAACCACUAAAAAACCUGUACAGAGAUGACAGUCAAUAUUACAAUAGAGAAAAUACAAUACUUAAAAAUGUUCAAAUAACCUGGUUUGGUGUGGUGGCUCACACCUGUAAUCCCAGCACUUUGAGGUGGGCAAUCGCUUGAGCUCAGGAGUUCGAGACCAGCCUGGCCAACACAGUGAGAUAUCUCUACUU